AUUGAUAGCCGUCACCGUUAUCUGUUUAAACACUAGACAAGUGAUAAGAACUGGAGGGAAACCCGCACUGAGAUAACGCCUACAAACACUCCGGUCAGGUUCUGUUUUUGCCAAUUGUCGACAUUGGACUGAAUUAUGCCUCAGUCGUAGUGAAACUGGUUGAUAUUGUUCUAAUUUAAGUGUAUAAAGUGAUCAGAAGUUUUAUUGUGCUCGGAAGGAAAUGAAAAUUAGAUUUAUGAAUUAUGUUAUCCCUCAUUUUAAAGUCUAGUGUUCUAUUAAGUUUAUUUUCUAGUGUAAAAGCUUCCCUUGGAAACACCUUUCCAACUUACAGAUACUGUGUUGAGCAAUGUAGAGAAGCAAUUUGUGAUGAAGCUGGUGUUCAUUACAAAAGCUAUGUUCCUGUUCCGUUAUCUUCUAAGUUCCUUUGGAGCUGUAAUGAUAACUGCCAAUACGAGUGUAUGUGGGAUACAGUCAGAGUAUUUCAAGAAAAGGGCUGGCUUCCACCACAAUUCCAUGGAAAGUGGCCAUUUAUACGGUUUCUUGGAGUUCAAGAACCCGCAUCGACUGCAUUCUCACUCUUGAACCUCGGUAUACACCUAAAAAUGUUCAAACAGUUUCUACGUGAAGUGAGAAGAACAAAUCCAAUGUUUAAAAUAUGGAUUAUAUAUGCAAUGUGUUCAAUAAAUGGUUGGGUGUGGUCUUCCAUUUUUCAUACAAGAGAUUUGCCUUUUACUGAACUAAUGGAUUAUUUGUCUGCUUUUGGAAUGGUACUUUGCACAGCUUAUUCCAUUGGGAUGAGGUUGCUUCUUAAGUUUCAUCAAGUAUACUCACUACUAUUCACCGCUGUAACUGUUGCUUACUUUGUUAACCAUGCGACAUACUUAUCAUGGGGGCUUUUCGAUUACAAAUAUAAUAUGAUUGCUAAUCUUGUUGCAGGAGUAAUUUUAUUCGUCAACUGUGUUAUAUUUUCAUUGGUCUACUGGAGGAGCCUACCGCAAAGCAAAAGCCUGCUGAUCGCAAUAGGCAUACUUGCUAUUUCCCUAUAUUUAGAAUUAUCUGACUUCUCACCCAUAUGGUGGACGUUUGAUGCACAUGCUCUAUGGCACCUGACUACUGCCCCAGUUACAUACUACUACUGGAAGUUUAUUUUGGAAGAUUCUAAACACUUGCAGAAAGAAAUACCAAGAUGGUGAUAUUUACUAAAUUUGGAUGUUUACUGUCACUUAUGUGUUCGUUGACAAUUUUAUAAUUUUAUUGAGAUUAUUAUUGACUGUUAUAUUAAGUUAGUUGGUUUGUAAUGUCAUCAGUUAUUGAACUGAUUUACUAGAUUUUUUAGUGAUUUUUAAAUUGGUCUUCAACAUUGAAAAUGCCAAAUUUUAUUAAUUGUAUGUCGAGAUUCAAUCUUAUCGACUUUUGAUAAUAUAUCUUUGUCUAUGUACCAAAUUGCAUACUUAGUAAUAGAUGGAUAUAUUAUUGGCUUAUGCAUUAAAAUUUAAAAGAUUGAUUAAAUAUCCAUCAUUCAAUAUGCCAAACUUUUCAAUAAGUAAUUAUAUGCACUUAAAACAUAUUAAGUUCAUAUUUAAUAUUAAUGUGAACGAGUAAAAAAAUAACCAUGUUACAGAAAUUUGAUGUAUUAUGAUAUUAAUAAGGUUUUUGUUUUUGUUUUUUUGGUAGUAGUGAAUUAUUAAAUCAAAUUCAUAAAUAUUUAAUGAAUUUUAAAAUCAACAAGUUAAACUAGGAAUAAUUAAAAACUAGCUUUUUCUGUUAUUCUGAAAUCCUUUUUUUUUUUGUUUUAUGGAGUCCAUAAAAUUAUGUCAAAGCAUAAAUCUGUUGCUCUUGAAUAUAG